AUGGCGAAACGUAAAUUUUAUCAACAAAUAGAUAUAUCCAAUUUCAAGAAGAGUGUUCGAGCUCGACUUAUGGUGCAUCAGGUGGUUGCUGGUAUUCGUGCUGCAACCACUCUAUCAUUUGACUUUAUCGUUCUUCUUAGUCUUGCAUCAAUGCUUGCUGCUUUUGGUCUACUCGAGAACUCAUCAGUUAUUAUUGUGGCAAGUAUGCUAGUUAGCCCAUUGAUGAAUCCUAUCAUGGGUAUAGUCUUUGGUUUAUCAAUUCAUGAUGAUUAUUUAUGGAAAAGUGGUGUUCGAAACGAAUUGAUUGGCCUUCUUCUAUGUAUAGUAUUAGGUUUUACUAUUGGGCAAGUUAAUGACUCUUUUGUUUAUUGA